GCCCGGAGCCUGCAGCCCAGCCCCACCCAGACCCAUGGCUGUACCUGCCGCCCAGAGCCCCAUGAAGCUGAUGGCCCUGCAGCUGCUGCUGUGGCACAGCGCACUCUGGACAGUACCGGAAGCCACCCCCCUAGGCCCUGCCAGCUCCCUGCCCCAGAGCUUCCUGCUCAAGUGCUUAGAGCAAGUAAGGAAGAUCCAGGGCGAUGGUGCCGCGCUGCAGGAGAAGCUGUGUGCCACCUACAAGCUGUGCCACCCCGAGGAGCUGGUGCUGCUUAGACACUCUCUGGGCAUCCCCUGGGCUCCCCUGAGCAGCUGCCCCAGCCAGGCCCUGCAGCUGACAGGCUGCUUGAGCCAACUCCAUAGCGGCCUCUUCCUCUACCAGGGGCUCCUGCAGGCCCUGGAAGGGAUCUCCCCUGAGUUGGGCCCCACCUUGGAUACACUGCAGCUGGACGUUGCCGACUUUGCCACCACCAUCUGGCAGCAGAUGGAAGACCUGGGAAUGGCCCCUGCCCUGCAACCCACCCAGGGUGCCAUGCCAGCCUUCACCUCUGCCUUCCAGCGCCGGGCGGGAGGCGUCCUGGUUGCCUCCCAUCUGCAGCGCUUCCUGGAGCUAGCAUACCGUGUUCUACGCCACCUUGCCCAGUCCUGAGCCAAGCCCUCCCCAUCCCAUGUAUUUAUCUCUAUUUAAUAUUUAUGCCUAUUUAAGCCUCAUAUUUAAAGACAGGGAAGAGCAGAACGAAGCCCCAGGCCUCUGUGUCCUUCCCUGCAUUUCUGAGUUUCAUUCUCCUGCCUGUAGCAGUGAGAAAAAGCUCCUGUCCUCCCAUCCCCUGGACUGGGAGGUAGAUAGGUAAAUACCAAGUAUUUAUUACUGUGACUGCUCCCCAGCCCUGGCUCUGCAGUGGGCACUGGGAUGAGCCACAGUAGGCCCCUGGUCCCGAGGGUCCCCACCUGGGGCCCUUGAGAGUAUCAGGUCUCCCACGUGGGAGACAAGAAAUCCCUGUUUAAUAUUUAAACAGCAGUGUUCCCCAUCUGGGUCCUUGCACCCCUCACUCUGGCCUCAGCCGACUGCACAGCGACCCCUCCAUCCCUUUGGGUGUGAGGUCCCUGGACAAGCAGAGGCAGCCAGAGCUGGGACGCAUGACCCUGGGGUCCCACGAACUUGCUGGGGAAUCUCGUUUUUCUUCUGAAGACUUUUGGGACAUGGUCUGACCCCCCGCAUGAGGAACUCAGGCAUCACCGACGUGUCUCCUGUUUUUCUGGGUGCCCUCGGGACACCUGCCCUGCCCCCAUGAGGGUCAAGACUAUGACUCUUUUUAGGGCUGGGCAGGUGCCUGGACAUUUGCCUUGCUGGACGGGGACUGGGGAUGUGGGAGGGAGCAGACAGGAGGAAUGAUGUCAGGCGUGUGUGUGAAAGGAAGCUCGACUGUCACCCUCCACCUCUUCACCCCCGACUCACCGGUGUCCCCUCCACUGUCACAUUGUAACCAAACUUCAGGAUAAUAAAGUGUUUGCCUCCA